CGUAUUCAUAACAUAAAUUGUCACUUAAAUAAAUAAAAUGCACAAAAAUUCUAAAACCCAAACAAUUAUUGCCGAAUUGUGUGAAAAGCUACAUUGCUCAGAAUUGGCAGAAGAUUUGGAAAGAGUAAAUCAUGCCCGGCAAAUGCUUGCCCAAUUGCAGCAGAAUGAAGUUUUCAAAAACUUGAUGACAAAUAAGGAUAACUUGGAAACCAGCAGCAAUCAAAUGAGUACAACUCAUAAAUUAUCCAAUAUAUUGAUGAAAACUAAACAAAGAUUGACCACUACCAAGCCAAGUAGCAGUAGCAGCAGCAGUACUUAUCGAAGCAGUGAUGAAGUAAGUACGCAUACAAUUGAGGAUCAAAUACAGCCAGAAGAAGAAUAUAAAAUGGAGCAGAGUCUAGAAUGUGAUGAGAUAUCUGAGAAUGCCUGGUUGGGUUUCUUUCGAGGCUAUGAGAUUGUGGAAGAAAAUCAAGAAAGUGUUGUAAGCGAAAAUAAACAAUGUAUCGAGUUAUCUUUGAAGGAUGACAAUGGUUCUCUGGAAAAUUAUUUACGUGCGGGCAUACGUUGUUUUAUGAUUGAUCUCUUCGUUGGUACCGAAUUGGAAAAUCAAAAAUUAAUUUUUACUUUACGGGAAAGUGAACUGAAAAUAUCUCGCGAAUAUGGUUUCCCCAUCACCACAACACUGUUUGCCAUGUUAAGUCCUCGUCUGCAGUAUACAGGUGUAAUGGAUGCUAGAUAUUCUGCGGAGGAACUGGAAAAAGAGGAUGAAUUAAUAUUGACCACCAAACGCAAAUACUCUACAAUUGGUAAUUGUUACAAGAUCUAUGUUAAUGGGCGCUUUCUAAUUGAAGACUGCAAGCUGGGUGAUUUUAUUCUGGUGGGACCCACUAUACAACUAAAGGUGACAGAAUUACUGGAUGACGAACUUAGAUGUGUUGUCAUGGAAGCUGGUACAUUGAGGUCACGCCUGCCCGUACGUUUCCCAGCCAGAUGUAGUCGUUCGCAAAUAUCUUUAGAAGAGCUGGAAGAUAUAACAUUUGCCCGUGAGGUGGGUAUAAAUGUGCUGGUGUCUUAUAAACCGGGUUCCUUGCAAUAUCUCAAUGAUCUUUACGAUGCUUUACGUCUGUUAAAAAGUGAUAAUUUACGGAUAUUUACUCGUUUGGUUUUGAAUGAAUAUAAAGAAGAAUCUACUGAUCUCGAGUGGAUUGCUCAACGCUAUGAUGGCUUUUUAGUGGACUUGAGUGUUCAGCAAGAUACCAGUUGUUGUCAAGAUGAGGAAGAUGCUACCACUACUACUCCAGAUAUUCUAAGACUUUCCUCGGCUUCUGCAAAUUUUAUGACAACUGUUUACAACAUGAAAAAGCCCAUAGUAUUGAAACCCUCGCUGUUAGCUGAACGCCAGUUGUUUGUACAACCUGCUAAUAUAUCACAUAUAUUUUACUAUCCCGACAAGUACUUAUUCUCCAGUGAAAAAUAUUCACAUGCUUUUUCCUUUUAUCUUUUACAAAAUGCCUUAAGUGAACAAAUAACUUCAAUGGAAUUAUCAUUUCAGCCCUUUUGUGAUCCCUCUGAAUUGGGUGAUGAUACCAUAGCUCGGGCAUGUGUGGCAGCCUCAUUUGAGUGUCAAGCUAAGGCUUUAGUUGUUUGCUCUGCCCUGCCAGACAUGUCCAUAAAAUUGUCACAUUUUCGUCCCAGUUCUCCUAUAUUGCAUGUAUCAGCUACCAAAUCUAUUGGCGAUUAUAUCUCAUUAUAUCACAAUAUAGUUUUUAUGCAUUUCCAAACUUAUGCUAAAUACAAUUAUGCGGAUUAUGUCACAAAUGCAUUUAUAUUUGCGGCGAUAUUUCUAAAGACCAGAAAUAUUUUAAGGGCUGGCGAAAAUCUCAUACUGGUUUAUGGUUCGGACCAGGAUGGGAAAUUGUGUGACAAAUAUUUGGUAUAUAAAUUUGAUGAGCAACAUUUUGCCACAAACUUAGAACAACUUUUAUUUACUUAA